AUGGCAGCCACGCUGUUACCAACGGGUCCUGAUGGCUUGCGCCGGUUCACUCGCGAAUCCCUGGCCGCCAUCGAGCAGCGGAUUGCCGAGGAGCAGGCCAAGAACGCCAAGGAUUACCAGGAGGAUCUGGGCAACGUGGAGCUGCCCAUGCCCAGGCCCGACCUGGAGGCUGGCAAACAACUUCCACGUAUCUUUGGUGACAUUCCCCCAGGACUGGUUGGGGUACCUCUGGAUGACAUCGAUCCCUUCUACUUCAAGAAUCAGAGGGUGAGUGUGGGGUACACGUUCACCGGUAUCUACACCUUUGAGUCCAUGAUAAAGAUAUUUGCGAGAGGAUUCUGUGUCGGACCGUUCACCUUCCUGAGAGACCCAUGGAACUGGCUGGAUUUUAGUCUGAAGACCAUCGUCGGUGCUCUGAUCCAGUCAGUGAAGAAGCUUGCGGACGUGAUGAUCCUGACCGUGUUCUGCCUGAGCGUGUUCGCCCUCAUCGGCCUGCAGCUCUUCAUGGGCAUCCUGCGGCAGAAGUGCGUCCGUAGCGCGGCACACUGCGUCAACUCCUCGUACAACGUCAACGACACCUUCACCUGCAACAACCGGACCUGGAACUCCAUGAACGACUUCGUCACCAAUGAAGAUAAUUUCUACAAAGUUGAAGGAGCAAAGGAUGCCUUAAUUUGUGGAUAUGGACAAGAUGCAGGGUAA